AUGGUGAUUGGUCGCGAUGAGAGCAGAUGUCAAUACGUUCUCAGCGACCCCUAUGUCUCAAAGCGACACGUCAGGAUCUACACUGUCGUGUACGAAAAUGACGAACCUACCGAGGUCGACACCCUUGUAUACGCUGAGGACCUCUCUCAGAAUGGAACCUACCUAAAUGGGGACUUCAUCGGCAAGGGUAACGGUGGGUUUCUUCUCAGUGACGGGGAUGUCAUUCGGUUGAGUCGCCGAACAAGCCUCAGCUUCCAUGUCGUGAAUAAGAGCAAGUCAAGGGCCACAUUUGACUUCAUCCAGGAAAAAGAGAUGGCGUGUUUUCGACAGGAUUAUGUUGUCACAGAUAGAUUACUUGGUGCAGGGGCGUUUGGCAAAGUCUUCAUGUCGAUUGAACAGACCGCUCGGACCCAGGUCGCCUGCAAAGUCGUCGACCUACGAAAGCUCACGCCCAAACUACAGAACCAGUUCGGCCGUGCUGAACAGCCUGCUGCUGCCGAGUACGUCGAUAACAGGACACAGGCACGCAUAGUUAAAGCUUGGUGUAAUCAAAAGAAGAGAGAGCAAGGAGUUGAAACGAAGCUGAAGAUGUAUUUCCGAGAGAUUGAGAUUCUCGCCUCAAUCAGCCAUCCCAACAUUAUUGGACUCGAGAAGGUGUAUAUCACCACCAACACAAUCUACCUGAUGCAAGACAUUGUGACCGCCGGGGACCUCUUCUCCUAUAUCGAGUCGAAGAAUGGGAAGCUCCUUGAGGCCGAAGCAGCCGUGAUUAUUCGACAGAUUCUCAUCGCCGUGCGUUUCCUUCAUCAGAACAACAUCGUCCAUCGGGACAUCAAGCCCGACAACAUCCUUAUGACCAGUCUAGCAGCUGGUUGUCGCGUGGUGUUGACAGAUUUCGGUGCUGCUCGUAGGAUCCAGAGUCAGCGAUCCCGCAUGUCGACAGUUGUUGGCACACACGAAUAUGCCGCCCCGGAGAUCCUCAGACGAACUCAUGGCAGACUUCAGUCCAAAUGUUCCAACGGCUACACUCAGGCUGUAGACAUGUGGGCUGUUGGAUGUGUUGCAGUCAUUCUUCUGACGGGCGGGAUGGCCUUCAGUGACCCUGUCACUUGCACGUACUCCGAAAGACUAGCUCGGGACUGCGAUCUCGAGUUUUUGCGCAAGUCAGAAGACUGGCUAGCUGUCAGACAACGGCCGAGAGGAUUUGUCGAGCAGCUUUUGGUGAUGGAUGAAAAGUCAAGAAUGACGGCUGAAGAAGCACUCCAACACCCAUGGUUUGCCAAUGAAGCUCACAAGCAUGAGUUCGAAGCGCUUUAUCAAAGGACAAUCAAGCAUUGGCGUCCAAGGCACCCCAAGAGUCCUGUAGUUGAUUUCCAAGACGAUGGAACCAUGAAACAUCUCGCAUGCAAAUGGGGGUUUGAGGACUUCUACCAGAAAAGUCGAGCGCGGAGCCACCGUCCGGUCGAACCGCCGUACAAACCAUUUCCCCGGAACAUGCAUCUGGCGCUCUGGCCAAAGAGCGAUGCGAAGAAGAGACUGUCCAUCGAGGUACUGACGGCAAUCAGAAAAUGGUCGCCUGGGUCUGCGGCCCGGCUUGCCCGCAGGGCGAUGUACCUGUCGGAUAAGGAAGUACGGGUUUUUCUAGCACAGAACGUGGUGGAACCCGACAUUGGCAGAAACACCAGAGCCCGGACCGCGCCGCCAUGUUUUCCAGCGCCAGAAUCGAAGCCGGCUGUGAUGAAUCAAGAUUGCUUCCCGAGGAAAGGCAGAAGAACAGUGGCGGAUCAGGAAGAAGAGACGGCCAAACGAGCCGCAGACUCGGGCACAAUGUUAGACACGCCUCUGACCCGAGAUGCCCACCCGAGCAAUCCCGAAAAGCCACAGGCAUCUCUCAUCCCCAACCCCAACGUUCUCUUUGACAUGAUCAACUGGAGGAAUCCUUCCACGUCUAAGUUGCCGGUGCCCGUGCCCGUGCCUGUGCCUAUGGCUCAGAAAGGAAGCGAUCUGACCAAUACUGGAGGUUCGGGGAUGGCGCGGAAGCUUAAACUCAAAAGAAGGGCUUCAUCAGCAUCAGCAUGGGCCAGUCAAAGACGCGUGAAGCGUCGAGGCUCGAUUUUCGACUUGGUGGAAGAUGACGAUUGCGACGGCGAGGCCGACUUUGACCAGGAACCGCGGAAUCAAGCUGCCAGAGGCCCCUCGGAGAGUCAAGCGAAGACGGCAUGGGGGACGACAUUCCCUCGCCCGGAGUUGUAUCUUCCUCGAUGA